CCAUCCAACCCACCGGUCCACCAAACCCUAGGCUUCGCUCCACUUUCCUCCGUCUUCCUCCUCCGCUCGUAUCCACCCAACCAGCCGGCGGCGGCCACCUCUCCCCUACCCCCACCGAUGACCUACCGACCUCCAACCUCUACCCCACUGCCGGCACACCCAACCCUCUCCUCUCCCGAGCCGCCGAGUCCAACCUCCACAGCUCUCACCCGCAACCCGAAACCCUAGCUCGUGCACAUGGCGACGAGGCUCUGGAUCCACAGGCCGGAGGUGCAGCUCUGGAUUUGACCCGGACGAUGCCAUCAACGGAGAGCGCGGCGGGGCUGCGGACGUCGGAGUUCGCGCUGCCGGACGGCGUGCUGGCGGUGCUGUCGUGGGACCCCUACGAGCAACUGGAUGUGGCGCGCCGCAUCACCGCGCUGGCCGUCGCCGGCUGGGUCACCGGGCUCGAGUGCGAGGUGGCGCGGCUCAGGGAGGGCGCCGCCGACAGGGAACAGGAGAACGUCGAGCCGUGGGACGUCGAGAGCACGGAGGUCGCUGGUCCUGGCCAUGCGGGUGCUCCCGCUAGCCCUCACUGCCGCCAUCUUCUCCGGCGCCACCGCCAUCGUCAUCUACAUCUCCGGCCUCUUGGAGUCGGACCUGGCGGCGCUUGCCGCGCUGCAGGGAGGGUUCAUCAAACGGGAAAUCAACAGGGAGAAUGUCGGUUUCUCGCUACUUUUCGUGCUUGUAGCCGCUAUUCUGGGCAUCCUACUAGGAUUUUUCAUGAAGAGAUGAGCCUGUGUAACAAUGCAGGAGCAAACACAUUGAUCACUUCUGCCAGAAAUAUUUGGAGCACAAGGUCGAGGAGCAUCCUCAACGAACCAAAGUCCUCGGCCAUCAUCGGCAGCCACAACGUCAACCUCCAUGAUUUAGCCAUUGGCCGUCGCAGCAAAUGCAGGUUUUUCUCAAGGUCAGUUAUGCCAUCAUCUUCUCUCUGGUGGUCACCAUUCUCUUCCCCCCUCCAUUAUCUUUCAUACUGAGAUGGAAGAGAAGAUGACUGCUAAUGUACAAGAAGGCGAAGAGCGAAAGUCUUCUUUUUCAAUUGUUGCAGAAGUUCUGACCAAGCAUCGCGCAUCAAGCAAAACAGAUUUUGGUAGUAGUUUUUGUGCACUUGAUAGCAGAUUUUGUGAUAGCACCUGGUUUGGUAGCAGAUUUUGUGAUAGCACUUGGUUUGGUAGUAGAUUUUGUGCACUUGGUUGUGUAAUUUUGUACCAGAUUGUGCUACAGGUUUGGUAGCAGAUUUUGGUUGUGCUACAGGUUUUGGCUAUAUUAUGAGAUCUUGAAAUGUGCUUCAAA